GGCGUGUCCUGCCUGGGCUGCCGCCGCCGCCGCUGUUGGAGGCAGAUCGGAGAUAUAAAAGACCUGGCCGGGGGCCGGCGGUGGCUUCAGCGAGCGCGGACGCUCAGGCCGUGGGGAGACGGCGCAGCGGGGCGCGCGGAGCUGCGGCGGGACAGGCGGAGGCAGCGCGGGGCUCGCCGUGGGCAACCCCAAUGCGUGGACUAUCGGCUGCUGCAUUAUGCUGGAGCUACAGUUCCGCUGAAGGGAGUUUGCACACGGCCGGCUGGGCUGGACUGCAGCGCUGCCGUUCCUUAUGAAGAAGGCACAAACUUGGAUUAUCACUUGCUUUUGUCUUCAACUACUCCUACUUAAUCCUCUUGUCAAAGCCCAGAGUUCCUGCGGGAAUCCAGUCACUGAUGAUGUGAAUGACAUUGCAAAAUUGGUUGGAAAUCUCCCAAAUGAUUAUAUGAUAACCCUUAAAUAUGUCCCGAAGAUGGAUAGUCUGCCUAAUCACUGUUGGUUGCAUUUGAUGGUGCCUGAAUUUUCAAGGAGUCUACAUAAUCUUCUCCAGAAAUUCUCAGAUAUUUCAGAUAUGUCAGAUGUUUUAAGCAACUAUUUAAUCAUCAAUAAUCUCACAAGGAUAAUUAAUGAUCUUAUGGCAUGCCUUGCUUUUGAUAAAAACAAGGAUUUUGUAAAAGAAAAUGGUCACCUUUAUGAAGAAGGUCACUUCAUUCCUGAGGAUUUUUUUAGGCACUUUAAUAGUACCAUUGAGGUCUACAAAGAGUCUGCAGACAGAUUGGAUAGGAAUGACUGCAUUUUGCCUUCAACAGUAGAAACAUCAGUGAAUGAUUCCAGAGUCGCUGUCACAAAAACAUUUUUGUUUCCUCCUGUUGCUGCCAGCUCUCUUAGGAAUGACAGCAUUGGCAGUAGCACUAGCAGUAACAAAGAAGCACUUGGCUUCAUUAGCAGCUCCAGCCUGCAAGGGAUCAGCAUAGCACUGACAUCAUUGCUGUCUCUCGUUAUUGGCUUUAUUUUGGGAGCCAUAUACUGGAAGAAAAUACAUCCCAAAUCCAGACCAGAAAGUGAUGAAACUACACAGUGUCAUGACUAUCAAGAGGAAAAUGAGAUAAGUAUGUUGCAGCAAAAAGAAAAGGAGCAUCUACAGGUGUAGCUGUUGCUUUUUCUCCCUCAACACUGUUACUGUUUUGUGUACUGGCAGGUAACAGUUCCAUGUUCGCUUCAUAAAUGAAGCAGCUUUAACCACAUUCGUAUUCCUUCUGGAGUGACAGACUGAGUCUGCAUCUGUUGUUGCCGCCCAUGACUCCAUAGACAUGAUACAGAAAUGAGGACAAUUUGUGUUUGUUACUGUGAAACCAACACUGAAUUGAACAAUGACAAGAAGAGUGUGCACUUAGCAGGACUGUAUCUUAUGUGAAUAUCUACCUUGUGUGACAUUUGAUGUUUUUUAAUUGCAUUAGUACUUUCAGCUGACUCUGGCAAACAAAGUAUGUCCUGAACAAAAAAGCAUCCUUCAAAUGCCUCCAACUGUGUGUAAUCAUUGCAAGUCAUAAAUACCUUUGCAUCCUUAAUUUAAAUUCUGUGUCCUCUACCUUACAUUGAUAUCUUCAGAUAAAGCACAGACAGAAAGUGCAGAAAUGGAUACAGAUAACCUACACUUCAAUAUUGUAUAUAAAAUUUGAAAGCAAAGUCAUGCCAUGAGCUCGUGUUCUAGACUUAGACUUGUAAGGAUCUGUGUUUAUGUCUGUCAAGGGCUGUGUGUACAGCAACAUGUGGUCUCUGUCGCGUGCCAGGUGGCUGGUUGCCCACCCCAGAAAGCCUCAAGAAUUCAUCAGCGUUGGUGGUCUCUGUUCAGAAGAAGCAAAUAGUGGAUGAAGACAAAGUAAAGAGGAGGUGAAUGUACCUCAUGGAGCUUCGAAGAAUUAAGAGUAACUGCUGGUUAUGUGAACACUGGUGAAAUUUCCAGUCAUGCUAAAGGAAAGUAAAGAGUCUGAAUUGCGUUCAAACAUCAGAAUAAAGACAAACCCAGGAAUUGCAUUUUAAAUUCUGAAGAUGCAUGCCAUUGAUACCUUGUCUUUAAAUGUAUAGCAUAGCAAAUCUGAAAGAUCCUGAGAGUGUAUUUAGCUUUUACUUACAUCAGCUGUAAUAAAUGUUUGCAUUGUGUUUUAAGUGAUUAGUAAGCUUUAAUAUCCUGGCAUUCUCCACUCUUGAAAGUUAAUUCUUUUGAAACAAAAGAGAAAGGCUUUGUUUCCCACCUGUCUUCUGCAUCUAUGACUGUUAUAGCAUCCAUGGAAUAUGAACAGGACUGAUGUACAGAUGUGCGUUUUCAAGUAAAUCCUAAAAAUACCAUAGUAGAAGUUACAAGUGUAGUAACUUUCAUCUUGUCUCUUGCCAGAUAAUGAGUUAUUUAUCUGUAUUAGGGUUGUAAUUCAGAAAGGUAAAGGGUUGCAACUCACAUCAGGUGACACACUGUCAUCUGUUGUGAUAUUGACCAGGUCAGCAAGUUUUAGUUUAAGUAACUUGAAAACUUAAAAAAAACCCCAAACAACCCUUUUAAAGUUUUGCAUAAAGUUUGAGUUCUCUUUAAAAUGUAUAGUUACUGAAUUUUUUAAGAGUUCUUGUGGAAAUUUUAAUCUUCUGCUGAAUUUUCUGAGAACCAUGCAUAAAAAGAAUAUGUCAGACAUAUAAUAUAUAUGUGUGUGUGCGUGCAUGUGUGUGUGUGUAUUAUUGGUAAAACUGUCUUUCAUACUUAGAAAAAAGGAAAAAUCUCAGAACCUUACCGUACUUGAUGACAGAGCUGAUGUGUGCAUGUAGCCACAUCAUGUGGAAUUUUGACCCUACCGUAAUCAAUGCUGAAAUUUCUCAUGAAUUCACUGAUACAAGGAUUUGAUCAUGUGGAAUUUUUAUUUAUACUCAGGCCCUUUUUGCACUUUCUGUUUGUCAGAAAAGGGCCCUCAAGUCCUACUCAGCUGGUAUAAAUCAGCAUAGUUCCAUUAAGCAUAACUUUGGGGUUUGCAUCACCUGAGGAACUUUUCUUAGACAAGAUCAAAAGAAGUUUAGUGUGGGGAUUAGGCUUUCAUGUUUAUUCUGAAGAUGCUGGAGCACUCACCAGUUAAUAAUCAGGGUUGCUCACCACUUCUAAAAAGUAAGUGCAUUGCUCAAACAUUGGAAUUCCCCAUCUGAAGCUUAGUCUCCUUUGACACUGUGUAGUUCUUUACCCACAAGGCUCUCAGAUACUGAGUUUCAAAUUUAUUGAAGAGUUACUCUAAAAGAAAUGUCAGCAUGACCUAAUUGAUGGAAAUUUGCACCUUAUUGGUAAUGCAGAGAAUAAUUGUGUAUUGGUUUUGAUUGAAUGGAAAAGUAUCCACAGUAAGUGGAAGUGUGUUUAUACAAUCCUUACACAUUGUAUAAAAACUUUGAAUACUUCAUACAAUGUGCUCUUGAGGCUAGCUUAUAUAUUUGAGGGUUUGGGUUUUUUCUUAUAUUCAGUAAAACAAAAAUCUGGUAUUUAUUAAUGCUCUUUGUUGAUAAAAAAUAUUCAUUUUCCUAAAUGCAUUCUUUACGGAAAAUCAAAUACCCAAAUACUUUAAUAUUCAAAAGCAUGAUAUUUUAGGCUUCUUAAUCUUCAGUACUAUAGAAAAUAACAGUUAUGAAUUGAAACAUAUAAUAAACACACUUUGACCAUGACAAAAUGUUCACCUUCCAGGAGCAACAUCUUGAAGUAAGUCGCUUUCAAAUAAUGUCAGACACUUUAAUCUCUUCUGUGGAGCAAGGUAAAUUUAAGGUUAUAUGAGAACAGAAAGAAAAUUCAUGUAUAAACUUUUGACCUUCACAUCACAAACACUGUUCUUUGAAUGUGCAUGAAAGUCAUAUGACACCUGGAAUAGCAGAACUCUUGUUGGACCACAUGGUUUUCCCAUUCUUUUCCCCCCUUUUAAGAGAUCUGAACACAACAUUGGGCAUUCUCAAUCCUCUUGCAAAGCAGAAGGAGACUUCUAGACAUGCAUGGAUACACUAGAUGGCAUGGCACUUGGAAGUGGGAUCGUGAAUUUACUGAAAACUUUCUGUGCCCGCUGAGGAGAUCUUUACUUUGGGCAUAGUGAAAUUUUGAAAGACUACAGACUUGUGAGACAUCUUUGAAAUCAAUGGAAAUAGAUCAAGUUACUCUUCAGUUGGAGAUGGGGUGGCAGAAAUAGUCCUUUAAUUGCUUCUGUAUUCCAUUGUAAGCUGUUUAACUUCUAGAGAGUAAUCAGGUUUUUCAGUCUUCUUUUUGGGUAGACAGGGCCCAUGCAUUAACACAGUCGGAAAAUUAACACCCUUCCUCUUAAAAUAAAAUUGGGGAAAAAAUGGGUGGUUUAUUUUUUUUUUAUAUAUAAGUCAACCAAAUUUGGCUUUUGGAUGUCUGUGGUUUGGUGAGAAAUGUAACAUUUUUAGGUUUCCCUUGAAAUAGUUGAAUUUGCAUGCAAUUAAUAGUGGCCUUGUGAGAAUAAAAAAGCAGAUAGUCUUAUACUAACUGUUCUACUUUAGACAUGUGUUUACUUGAAUGAAUUAAUGGUACUUAUUUCAUCACGAGGUCAUUUUAUAAGCAAGCUUAUAAAAUGUGCUUUACUAUGGAGUAUGUGUACAACCUGCACAUUUUUUAGAUUCUCAUCUGCAGCAGCUCUGUUUUCUCUGUUCUCUACGUAAUACGCUGAAACUGUUCAGUACACAAAAUAGAAUUAUUAAAUUGAAAAUCUGACUGUACAUAUAAAAUACUGAUAUUUUGAGUUAGAUUUACAUUUAAGAAUUAUCCAACAUUCUUCAAUUCAGGAAUAUGAUUCAACUGUCUUAAAUGCAGAUUUACAGUAAUGGUGGCAUGUUGCUAUUUUGUUAUCAAAUUGAUGGAACGCAGAAUCUUCAGACUCUUUAGUGAUAGAGACACAGACAUUUGCUGGUUGCAUCAUGGGCGAAUUCAUUUAUUUCAAUGUAAAUGUCAGCACAGUUUUGCAUAGUUACAUUCUGACUGAAGGUAAUCAACGAAGUUUAUAAAAUGUGAUGUGUAUGUACAUAUGUGUCCUCUUAAAGGUAGAUGUUUUACCAGAUCCCUUUUUAUACCAGUUCAUAUUUGGAAUUUACAUUAUAUACAUAUACUUUAUUGUUCUAAAUAAAGAUAUUAUGCACUGUCAAAUA